AUGACUGCUGAGAAGUAUACAAAAGAAAAGAAAGUUGGUGAAGGUACUUAUGCUGUCGUGUAUCUUGGUACCAGAGAAGGUGAUGGACGUCCUGUUGCAGUAAAGGAGAUAAAAACGUCUCAGUUCAAGGAUGGGCUUGAUAUGUCGGCUAUCCGUGAAGUUAAGUACUUACAGGAGAUGAAUCAUGUUAAUGUUAUCGAGCUAGUCGAUGUUUACAUGGCUGCUGGUAAUUUAAAUUUGGUUCUAGAGUAUUUACCGGCAGAUUUGGAAAUGAUCAUUAAGGAUACUUCAAUUCUAUUUACCCAAGCAGACAUUAAAUCUUGGAUACUAAUGACGCUGAGAGGUGUACAUCACUGCCAUAGAAACUUUAUCCUUCACCGUGAUUUGAAACCAAAUAACUUGCUGCUGGCUACAGAUGGCCAGUUAAAACUUGCGGAUUUUGGUCUAGCACGUAGUAUGGCAUCACCUAAUGAAUAUCUGACAUCUAACGUCGUCACACGUUGGUAUAGGGCACCUGAGUUACUUUUUGGAGCAAAGCACUACACUACAAGCAUUGAUCUUUGGUCAGUAGGCGUUAUAUUUGCAGAGUUGAUGUUACGAGUUCCUUAUUUACCUGGUAGGGAUGAUUUUGACCAGAUAGAUGUAACCUUUAGAGCGUUAGGGACGCCCACAGAUAAGGACUGGCCGGAAGUAUCAUCAUUUUCAGGUUAUAAUAAGAUUCAGUUCUAUCCUCCGCCUUCCAGAGAGGAACUUAGAACGCGGUUUAUCGCGGCUACCGAAAAUGCACUUGAUUUGCUCGCUGGAAUGCUAACAAUGAAUCCUCAUAUACGUUGGGAUACUGUUCAGUGCUUAACGAGUCAGUACUUCUUAGAACUACCAGAGCCUACUGCUCCGGAGGAACUGCCAACGUAUACCAAGAAGUAG